CGUUGGGUCCGCGUGUGCCGGAGCGCCUGGGUUUCCCCCCAUUGCUGGCCGGCGGGAUCAUGUCGUGGCUCUUCGGGCUCAACCGGGGCGGAGGCGGCGACGCGGGCCAGCUGCCUCCUCCGCCGGGCCCGGCCUCGGGCGACGGGGCGGGCGAAGGGAGCCGCCCCAAGGACAAAUGGAGCAACUUCGACCCCACCGGGCUGGAGCGGGCCGCCAAGGCCGCCCGGGAGCUGGACGCCUCCCGGCAUGCCAAAGAGGCACUGAACAUGGCACAGUUGCAGGAACAGACCCUGCAGCUAGAACAGCAGGCGAGGCUGAAGGAAUACGAGGCAGCCAUAGAGCAGCUGAAAAACGAGCAGGUCCGGAUCCAAGCCGAGGAGAGGCGGAAAACGCUAAGCGAGGAGACGAGGCAGCAGCAAGCGGUAAAGGGCGAUUUUUUUUGUGACUCAGUGGAGAGGAAAACUCACAAUUUCCCCCGUCCCCGGUCCCCCAGUCUAACCCUCACACCCCACUUCAGUUUGUGUAGGAUGAAAACCCGACAAGGUCUGACCACCCACAGGGUUUCAGGGGGCAGCUGUAAACAAAACCCAGUGGGUGAUAUUUUUGUUUGGUCAACGAAAUCAAGGUGUCAGGGCGAUUCCAGGUGGAUUGCGCUCACCCCCGUGUCGUUCGCAGCUACGGUGGAGCGAGAGAUGGAACUGAGGCACAAGAACGAGAUGCUGCGGAUUGAGGCCGAGGCCCGCGCCCGGGCCAAGGCAGAGAGGGAGAACGCGGACCUCAUACGGGAGCAGAUCCGGUUAAAAGCAGCCGAGCACCGCCAGACAGUGCUGGAUUCUCUCAAGACAGCCGGAACAUUGUUUGGAGAAGGAUUUCGUGCCUUCAUUACAGACUGGGACAAAGUGACGGCCACGGUGGCGGGCCUGACCCUUCUGGCCGUGGGCAUUUACAGCGCCAAGAACGCCACCGCCGUGGCCGGUCGGUAUAUAGAAGCCCGCCUGGGCAAGCCCUCUUUAGUGAGGGAGACGUCCCGCAUCACCGUGUUGGAAGCGCUCAAGCACCCCAUUAAGGUUGGCAGGAGGCUGACCAGUAAGGCCCAGGAUGCUCUGGAAGGCGUGGUCCUCAGCCCCAAGCUGGAGGAGCGGGUGAGAGACAUUGCCAUUGCCACCCGGAACACGAGAAAUAACCGGAGCCUGUACCGGAACAUCCUGAUGUAUGGGCCCCCAGGGACUGGGAAGACCCUUUUUGCCAAGAAAUUAGCCCUGCAUUCCAGCAUGGAUUAUGCCAUCAUGACUGGUGGCGAUGUUGCCCCCAUGGGGCGGGAAGGAGUGACGGCCAUGCACAAGGUCUUUGACUGGGCGAACACGAGUCGGAGAGGCCUCUUGCUGUUCGUAGACGAGGCCGACGCCUUCCUGCGGAAGAGGUCGACGGAAAAAAUCAGCGAGGACCUACGGGCAACGUUGAAUGCGUUCCUUCACAGGACUGGACAGCACAGCAAUAAGUUCAUGCUCGUCUUAGCCAGCAACCAACCGGAACAGUUUGACUGGGCCAUCAAUGACCGGAUUGAUGAAAUGGUUCAUUUUCAGCUGCCUGGAUUGGAGGAGAGAGAACGCCUGGUCCGGAUGUAUUUUGACAAGCACAUCCUCAAACCGGCCACCGAAGGCAAGCAGCGCCUGAAACUGGCCCAGUUUGACUACGGGAAGAAGUGCUCAGAGAUUGCCAGGUUGACGGAAGGCAUGUCCGGCCGGGAGAUUGCACAGCUCGCCGUGGCCUGGCAGGCUGCGGCUUACGCCUCGGAGGACGGCGUGCUGACCGAGGCCAUGAUGGACGCUCGCGUGGCCGACGCCCUCCAGCAACACAAGCAGAAAAUGGAGUGGCUGAAAGCUGAGGGGAUGGAGGCCGGGAAGAACCAGCCGUUGCCUCUCGCUCUGGAGAAAUCUGUGUGAGAGAAGCUCCUCUCUUUAUUACAGGCACAAAGAAACGGAGACGACGGAAGGAAACAUGGCAGGCCAUUUCUGUACGGGGAAGCAAAGGAUGAUGGGAAAAGGGCCGCAGGGGGGCCAAAUUCACAAUGGAAUCAUGUCAAACAGCAGAAAAUGCCUUACUGUUGGGAGGGCCACAGUUCCGCCCUUCCGGACCCCCUUCCUCGGGGGUCUUUUUCCCCCCCUUUUUUGAUACCUCGAGGAUAACACCUGGAAGAAUUGUGUAUGUGUGUACGUGCUGUCAGAGCAGCUGGAAAACCAAUAUAUUAAAAGAGUUCCCUUUGCCAAACGGCGAAUCAUUAUCAA